CCGCGGGAGGCUUCCAGAGGCCGUACCUAAAGCCUAGCCCAGGCUCCUCCCCUCCCCGCCCCCUAUCCCAGAGCCGACACCGGCGGCCUUGUUCUCCGCCCGCUGAGAUGGCACUCGACCCCGCAGAGCAGCAUCUUAGACAUGUCGAAAAAGAUGUUUUGAUCCCUAAAAUAAUGAGAGAAAAGGCCAGAGAGAGGUGUUCUGAACAAGUUCAAGAUUUUACCAAAUGUUGCAAGAACUCUGGACUCCUUAUGGUAGUAAAAUGCCGAAAAGAAAAUUCUGCAUUGAAAGAAUGUCUAACUGCUUACUAUAAUGAUCCAGCCUUUUACGAAGAAUGCAAAAUGGAAUACUUGAAGGAAAGAGAAGAAUUCAGAAAAACUGGAAUUCCUACCAAGAAAAGGCUACAGAAGCUUCCCACGAGCACGUAGGCAAAUAUUCCAGUGAUACUCAGGAACUCUAAUAUUUAUGGAAGUCAUUCAUAGUAUAAAUUAACGGAAAUAAAUAAAUCAAGUUAAAUAAGUAAAUCAGCACUC